CAUAUAAUAGAUAAAGAAAAUAUAGGCAAAAGCGAAUCUUACUGAAUGAAUGAUAUAUUUUUGCCCAUAUGUUUUCUACAAUUGAGAAAGUUUUCAUUUUUAAUUAGAAAUAUAAUGAAUUUCUAUGCUGUGGCAAAGGGACGAAAUCCAGGAAUCUAUGGAACAUGGAACGAAUGCAAGACCCAAGUACAUAAAUUUCCUGGCCCCUUAUUUAAAAAAUUCAACUCCAAAAUUGAGGCAGAGAAUUUCAUAAAAAAUCACUCUAAUUCAUUUGCCGGAACGUCAUUGAAAGCAAAGAGGAAGAGUAUAUCGACAUCAGCAAAAAAAUUGGAUACUUUGAGAUGUAAAAGAUUAUUAUCGCACACAAAAGAAAGUACUAGGAAGUACGAGAAUACAAGCGAAUCGUUAAAGAGUGAUAAUAACUUUAUUGUAGAUGAAAAUGGUUAUACAGAAGUUUAUACCGAUGGCUCUUGCACAUCGAAUGGUAAAGGCAAUGCUAAAGCAGGCGUUGGAAUUUGGUUUUCUGACAAUAAUUCAUUUAACGUAUCUCAACCUGUGACGGGACGUGCAACAAAUAAUAUGGCUGAAAUUCAAGCCGUGACCAUAGCGGCGCAACAAGCUCAUAGAGCCGGUAUUGUGAAACUCAAAAUUAUCACAGAUUCAAAGUUUCUUAUAUCUUGUAUUACAAAUUGGAUGCCUAAAUGGAAAAGAACCGGAUGGAAGACUUCCAACGGUAAGGAUGUAAUUAACAAAUUAGAACUAAUUGAAAUGGAAAAGGCACUAUUGCCCUUGACGGUGACGUGGAAUCACGUUAGGGGUCAUAUUGGAGUUCAUGGGAACGAAAUGGCUGAUAUGUUGGCGAGAAAUGGGGGCGAACGUUAUAGACAAACAUAACUGUUAUUAACUUAAUUUAUUUAAUAUCCGAGGUUUUGUUUUCAAAGUACUCGAUAUCCGCUUCCUUUGUUGUGGUAAUGGAGAUAUUUGCCUAAGUAAUACAUAAAUAUCCUC